AAAAAACUCCGUCUCCGCCCCCUAAAAAAAAAUCUCCGUCUCCGUCUGUUAUCCCGAUCGGUUUUACCACAUAUAUACGGGGACUACUUUGGCCGGCCGCCAGAGCCACCGCAUCGGACAAACACUAGAGAUUGAUCCAUCCAUGGGUUCCCUAUUCUCUUCCCCCGCCGGCCGCGACUCUCUCCCAGUCUCCAAAAAGUACAUUGGCCGCUCUAUUAGGUCAAAAGAAGAGGACGUCGCCCUCCGAAUUUCUACUCUUGUCGACAUCGCCAUCGAACAUUACAACUCCAACAAUCCAGGUGCCGAGUUUGAGUAUCCUGAGUAUCCUCCCCAGUCGACCACGGAGAUGAAGGCUGCCUGCAUCGGUUUUAGGGGAACUUUCUGGUACCACCUCUGCUUUUCGGCUCACCCCAUGGAUGCCACCACCGAGACGCAGCACUUUUUCGCUGAGCUAUAUUUUGAUAGACAGUACCUUGAACUAGCCGUUGAAACAUGCAUCAUUUUAGGUACUACCUAA